AAUGUACUUUUGUCAGUUUUUCAAUGUUUUUUAUUGAUGAUCACUUUAUUGGUGCAACUAAAUAAAUAAAUUAAUUAUAACCAAGGAGUGCCAGCCCUAGCAAAUUUCUCUAUUAACACUAAUUUCGUCCCCAAUAACCGCAAUUACGGGGUAAAUAGGGAUAGCACCUAUUUUUGCUUUUUUUGCUUAAACUGGAAUGCUAAUUGCAUAGCUUUAAAUUAGUUAACAAAGAUACCCCCAAGACUCAAUCAUUUUGAUCCUGAUAUAGCAUUUUAAACAUCAACAACUACCUUAAAAUUGUUCAUCAAGUUGGAAUUUGUCCAUAAUCACCCCGUUAUACCGGUAUAUAUUCAUGUUUCAUUUUAUGUACGCACCGAAAUACUGUUAUAUUGUUUUCCUGCGAGUUACAAUGCUGAGUAAGAACGAGAUCGAUAUAUGUUUGUGUGUGCCUUCAAGAUGGGUGCUAUUUGUAUAAGCAAUCGUACAAUAAUACACCAGGUGGACUGUGACCUCGUCCACACAUCUAAGCAAUAAAAAUAAAUAAAAAAACUUGUAGAACAAUAUGUCGUGUCCCUACUAUAUAAGUCUAUGGAUAUUCAGAAGUAUCUAUUAAAUUAACAAUAUUUCAUAUUUCUGUAGAAAAUAAAGGUUUUCAUGCAAUAAAAUGAAAUUUUAAUUUUAAUUUUCUAUUUCGCGCUAAAAUGCUGUUCAGUGUCAUGGCCAUAGGUUAUACACUUAAGUCAUGGCGUCUGUCAAUACGUCACGGCUCAGUAAACUUCAGUAUGUCAUUUUAUAGCAAACAUUAAAUGCUUGUUUAUUAAAUCAAGUUAUUUUGCAUAGAUUAUACACUUAAUAUAUUCGUUAUUUUGCUUAUCAAAUAUGCAUUCAAAAGUGUAUAAGUGCUGCGUGGUCCCUCGGUGCACUAAUACAUCUAUAAAAACCCCGAAAAAGUUAUUUAUUUACGUCCCAAAUAACAAAACAAUGAGAUAUAAAUGGUUGACUCUUGCACGGCGAGAUCCAACAGGUUUAAGUCUAAAUUCUUCAAUUUAUUUCUGUGAAGAUCAUUUUGAUUUACCACAUGAUAUGGACAAUUAUAUGGAAUAUCAUGUAAUGGGUUCGGUGUCGCAGGUCCGCAUGAAACCAGGCUGUAUUCCCACAAAAUUUGAAUGCCAGAUAGUUAAAAGAAAACGAACAGCUAAUGCGAAAGAACGACCGUACAAUGUCAAGAAAUUAAGACGGGCACUAAUUAAAGAAUUUGAAAUAAAAUUGGAGAAGAAAAGCAUUACUAAAAAACAUUUAGAGCUUGGAGAACCUUCAUCCAGCGGUUCAGUUUUGCAUGACAACAUAGAAGAAGAUUUACCAGAAAACUUUGCCUCGAGAACUACUGAUAGGUCUAUUCAAGUAUUUAUUACUCACAAGUUCAGAAGUAAAGCCGUUCAAACAGAAAAUAAAUUAAUAAAUCAGAUGACAUCACCCUUGAAACCUAAUACCCAUUCUGUUUUUUCAUCACCAUUUAAAGUUACAAGAGGCAAUUUCACGUCGCCAUGGACAUUAUGCCACAUUAGAUAAACCUUCAAGGCAAAUAUAUCCCCCUGAAGAUCUGAUUUUUUUAUCCAUACCUGUGCUGAUAACCUUGAGAGGCUAUUUCAGCUUCACUCUAACAUGUAGGUGAGCUCAAGGGGCUCAAACCGGAAGUGUUGCUAACACUGGCCCUAGCAAAAGCAGUGUUUCGCAGAAUCUACUACCGGAUCGGAAACGCGACCCACUGAGAAGAUCCAGUGAGAAACUCAGUGGGCUGUGUCUAUGGAUUAAUUCGCUCGUCGAGCUUGUGGUGCCUAAAAGCACUGUUAAUGGAUCGGGCAAUCUGAUAGUGAUACUUCAUUUACACCAUCUGUAAUGCACAGAGAAUCAUCACUAUCAACAAUAUCUCUUUAUUAUUAAUUAUAUCUAUAUGAGACUGCGGUGACAUGAUACAAGAUGAUAAAAACCAGGUGGCAACUAAAAUUCUGGAAUGUACCUUGGUUUAAAUUACAAAGAGCCCGCGUUCUUACAUUGGAGUUCCCAAAAGCUGUUAUUACUUAAUUGAUUUAAUAGAAAAACAUACCAAUAUUCCUUCUAACAUUAUACUCAUGUGUCUAAAGAAAAUUAGAUUAAAUAACCCAUUUAGAGAGCUUGCUGAUGGCUUUUGUGGAAAUGGUAAACUACGAUUAUAAAAUGUAUUUUAGCGACAGGUAAAGCGAAAACAAUAGUUUUUUUUUAUUACAAUUGCAGUAAUCGCGCGUAAGUUCAAACGAAACAAGAUGACCCUUACUGAGACGUGACGUAUAAUUCGCUCUGAUUGGUGUUUAAGCUAUAAUGGCUGAUUGUUGUAUUUUGUAGAUUUAUUUUAACAAAUAAAUCAUAAAUGUCGUCAUUAAUAUAAGAAUAAAUACAUUUUUCAAAAUCCUUGAAUCCUGUUUCAUUAGAUUUGUUAAAUAUUUUGGUGAUACUUUACUACUGUCAUCAUGCCUAUUAUUAACCCCCUUGCUCUAAAGGCGAGUUACGCUCACCACAUGAUUUAUCUAAUUGCAAACAACAAAAAGAACUAUAAGAACAGAUGAUCUCAAAAACAUAAACAAGAUAAUAAUAAUCAAAUAAA